AUGAAAUCGACUGGCGCAGGCAAGCCGAGCCGCCCGCCACUCAAGCUCGAAUGGACGCGUCGCGAUGUGGUGGGCGCCAGAGUCGAGGCAGUAAUGAGACGGGCUGAGUGGCUCGCGGUGGCUCGCGCUCAGGCCGCAGAAGCUCAUGCGCAGCCGUCGCCGCAGCACCUCCCGCGGCCCUCACCCAUUGCAACGCCCACUGUCACUGCCUCGCUCCGCAUGCUCCCGUCGGCUUGGCCGCGGUUUGCGCUGCCUCACGCCGGUGACACUGACGAGGAGGCGCGAGGAUGCCGUGCUCGGAACUUGACUCUCCGUACAUCGACCAGCAACCUACCACUGCACGACGACGACGACGACGACGACGACGCCUUCGCCUUAUCCGCUCAUCUCAACCCAGCGCUCCCACUCGUCGCCGCCCAGAAGAAGCUCGCCUUCAUUUGGCUUUGCGCUUAUUUCACCGCGCCGCGCCGCACCGCACCGCAUCGCACCGCAUCGCAUUGCUCUGCACGCCAGCGAGCCCACACAAGCUUCUUGCAUUCUCUUAAUCCGAAUCUCGAGCUCUUCCUCUUCCGUCCCCUUUCAGGUGUCAGUCUCAACGCCGCAGCACUGCAUCUCUCCUCCGCUCCCUUGCGCAGGGGCGUGGCAACCAUCCUUGGAUGGCCCCACCGACCGACGCUCAGUCGGGUCAUUUCCACUCUCGAGGAUGAACUGGGGCUCACUUUCGGCCCCCACGACGUCUACGCCUCGUCUUCCAGCAGCAACAGCAUAAAGGCCAUCAGGAUCUUUUACAGCCGUCAAAGCGAACAGCCGUGGCCUCGCUCCUGUGCGGAGCUAGCAAGGAGAGCGACCGCUAAUCCCGCCACCUACUGUCUCGCCGUCAUCGCACAUACCUUCACGCUGAUGGAACACCUCAUCAUGAGCGCUUCCAUCGAACCAAGCACGCCGCCGCCUGAAUUGGCUUCUCCCAUCGUGGCCUCGCAAGUGCCGGCAGCGUCGACCCAGACGCAUGGUAAAAACGAUCAGAGUGACGCACAAGCCGUGCCACAUCAUUCGGGCACACUGGCCGAUCUGGCGACCACGGCGCUUUCGGGCGUGAUGCAGGAUAUAGGGUCCAUUCACCGUGGCGCGGGCGAGACUCCCGAGCACUCAGCACCACCGUCGAACGCGGAUCAGGCAAAACCAGAGCAAGAAGCCCUUGACUGGUUUGGUGCGGCAUCUCCCACCUCGUCGUCAGAGGAUGCACCUGGGUCCGAAUACGACAUCUUCGAGGAUCAGCCCGUCUAUCCCAACGCUGCGAUGGAAUUUGUCUCAACAGCAGACCACGUCAUGUCGGCGGAGCAGAGCGCAGAGAAUGAUCAAAGUCGUGGUGGUGACGUCGGGCUGGACAGGGUCUCGCCAUCGCCGGGUGAUGAGGGCCGAGAGAAUGGCCAGCCCCCCGGACAUCGAGAGCCGGUCUUGCCGGAGACGGUUUUCUCUGACCCUUCUGCCCAUCGGUCUAGCAAUCAAAAAGGGUCGGACACAUGUGCCGAAAGCGAGCACGAGUCCCACGCAGGAGACAUUGGCUGUCUCAUCAGCGUGUCGGCCCUGCUGGACGAAGUACGAAGCGGUCGAGCAAACGAGCAGAAGCACGAUUUGCUGCAAGAGCCUGCAGCAGAAGCCAGCUCGACCUCGCACUUCGAAGCACUUCAGUCACAGAGUGCAGAUGACGGAAGCGUUCCGGGCGGAAAGGCAGCCACAAACGAUCUGCAUCCGGACUUGCCUCUACUUGCCCCGACCCCGGCCACGGCACCAGUCCAGGCAAAGCCCAAGCAGUCCGGCAAACGUGCGAGAGCAGAAUCCGAUGCGUCGACUAUCCCCAAGGCCAAAGCACCUUCAAAGCGUGCCCCAACCUCUAAGCCAAAGGCGCCGCCCAAGCCGAAAGCACCGCCCAAGCCAAAGGCCCCGCCGAAGCCUAGGAAGCCUGCCAAGUCAAAGGCAAAGCCGCCGUCAGGCUCGGCUGACCCAGCGAGUGCGUCAGCCGAAGGGCGCCUUGGCCCCUUGCCAGUCCCCCUCGCUGGGACACUAUCCCUCCCGGGGCCAUCACAUGCGGCAGCACCACUCGCGGCACAGCCGAGCGGUGCAGAAGCAAUCAAUCCCCCGCAGGAAGCAUCAGCAAUCGACGCAGCGGAAGUGCCUGCUGCUGCUGGAUCUGCACACGGCUCUGGACUUGACCAGGUUUCGACUGAUCAUCCAAGCUUCGCCGGUGGGGCCCAUACUGCGACGAUCCUCGAUGCGCACAUGGCAAACACCGCGCCCAAGGAGGCUGCCAAGGAGGCUGCAAAGGGGUCUGCCAAGGGUAGACCGAACGCGCCGGCCCGUUCCAGGGCCAAGCCGAAGGCCAAAGCAGACUCAGGCCCUUCAGGGUCCAACGUAGCUGGAGCUCAGGACUUCAGUGCGACCUCAGAGGCUCUACAGCCGAUGGCUCCUACCGCUGCUCUGAGCGCGAAAGGACCUCUCGCCGAGCUUCGACCUGCCGAGAUGGAAGGAUCUGUCUCAGAGCUCGAGCUCGAGCCCGGCACUGCGAAGAAAGCUGCCAAGGGAAAGAGAGCACCAAGGAAGAGCGGCCCGAAGCUGGACAAGAGCAAAGCAGCAACUUCAGCGGCAGCAACUGGAGCAGAAGCUUCGCAGCCCACGGGUGACGCGAUGACGGGAUCGCAGGUUGCCACAGCUGGAGCGGCUCCAGCCUCGGAGUCCGGCGUCAGCAAUUGGCCUCCGGCAAGCUCGAACAUCUUUGCUCCAGUCCAACCGAUGCUGUAUCCGGCGCGGGCGUAUUAUCCUCCUCGGAAUCACGCUGCUCAGACCCAGCAUCCGAUGAACUUGAAGUCGCUGACGAGCGCAGCCGACAUAGCGAGCGCCGAGGCGCAAUACUCGGAUGCAUCGUCGCUGAAUCGAGCCUCCUCGCCGACCGGAUUCGACAAGGCAAGCGAGAACACAAGUCCCGCGACGGCUCUGAACACGUUCGCGAGCACCGGAGGUGAUGCUGCGUCGGAUGCCACGUCUCUUUCGCCCGAUCGGUCCAUGUCGUUAUUGGACCUCGAUCCGAGGCUCUUUCCGCCCGGCUGGAAGCCACCUUAUUUUGAUCUGAUGGAUCCAGACGUGCUCAUGACGACCAUGCGUGACCGCACCGUGUGGACCUUUUGGGACUGCUAUUUGCCUCUAGGUUGCCGGGACCAGGAUAUGGUGCUGCUAUCCAACGACGGCGUUGCGUUCCCGUGUGCUGCUUGGAAUCCAUGCCUCUUCUCGACGUUGCUGGAGCGCGUGAUCAAGAACCCCAGCCGGGCCGUCCGCAUCAUCUUGCAACGUGGCGCAGAGGAGAAUCGCAAGCAGCUCGGCUACACGCCUCUCCCCUGCAUCACUCUGGACGAGAACUGGCACGCGAGCAACCUUCUUCUCUCGUUCUUGCAUCCCAUCCCGACCAUGUUCCUGCCGGACCGGGCGACGUGUCGACUGGUGCUGGACCUUGGCAUGCGCUACGGAAUUGACCGCGCCGUCACGGCUGCCACUCAAAGGCUCGGUCAGCUCGAGCAAGAGGAUGCAGCUGCCAAGGAUCCGCCGCAGGCGAUGGACAAGGGCAAGGGCAAGGCGAGAAGCACCGAGGAAGAAAUCGCGGCUAGUCUCGCGCAGGGCGCUGCAGACGCAAGGCAAUAG